CAGGACCUUUUGCUACCCCGUGUUCUGUGUUUUCGCAGCGCGUUCUGUUUGUCCUAUCAGGCCACUGUAGUUGAUGCGGCGUCAGUGGCGUUUAAGAUGGCGGCCACCUUGACGAGAGGUCUGUCAGGUUUGCUGAGACCGCUGUCGGUUUUAGGCAGAGACUGUCUCAGACUCACACAGACAGCUCGCUUCUCAGCUGUAGUACAGAGACAUGUCUGUAAACCACUGCCUGCUGCUCAUCCCACUGCUUCACUCCAACAGACCAGCCUGCUCAAUCGAGUAACGCCCCUCAUCCCUUCACUGAUGCUCCAGCCGGUCAGGAACUUGACAUACUACAGUCUGAGGAAAGGCAAGAGGAAGUCUGUCAAGUCGGUUGUUCAAAGGUUUCUCAGGCUACACUGUGGUCUGUGGGUGAGGAGAAAGGCUGGAUAUAAGAAAAAGCUGUGGAAGAAGUCAGCAGCCCGCAAGAAGCGCCUCAGAGAACAUGUAUUCUGUAAUAAAACUCAAUGUAAAUUGCUGGACAAGAUGACAACACCCUAUUGGAAAAGAAGAAACUGGUAUCUCAACGACCCAUACCAGAAAUACCAUGAUAGAGUGAACCUGAAAGUGUAAAACCAUCCUAACCUUAUUCUGUCCAGUGUUUAAGCAAAUAACAGCAUAAUACAAUUGUGUAUGAAUGCACUAUUUAAGAAUACGUUGAGGAUUCAUGUUUAACUGCUCCUGAAUAAAUUUUCAAUUGUUACAGUUUA